UUCCUUCACUCUUCCUCUUCUUCUUACUCUCCUCCUUUCCUUCCUCCUCUCGAUUCCUUCCAAAAAUGUUUCUCGCCACUUUCGUUCUUUGCAUCAUCUUUUUCAUGACUUAUUUACCAAAAUAUGGUUCCGUCAUCUCAAGAUGGUUGUGUUGUGUUCUGUUCAAGGCCGAUGAAAAUGAGCUCAACUUGAGAUCGGAAUUAAGAGAUCUGAAAACGGAACAGACAACCGUCAGUAUGUCGGAAGAAUUUGCCAGGUUUUUUAAACUGCAGCGUAGGAUUGAUAAACUUGGUCAAGAUAUCAAACAGAAAGGGAAUGCACGGAAACAGAAGAUUUCUGCAAUAACAGUUGCAGUCCAGUUUGGAGGAAAGGUUUUACAGGUUUUGACUAUGCUGCUCCUAUUUUAUGUCCUCUAUGAUCAACCUUUGCUGCAGUUUUCAUCUGCUUGGUUCUUCCCGUUUCAAAAGGUUGUAGCUUUUCCCACUGGUACUGGAGGUUCUUUGGGAAUUGGAUUUUGGAUUUAUGUCUGCACUGCCAUCAUUAAUCGGUUCGAUCGCUACAUGGGAUUAAUGCAGUGAGGCUCCGUCCUCGACUGAAAGACUGCUACUUCUAGUUCUUAAUAGUGUAACUAGUUUGCUGACAAACUCUUGUAUCUUUGAAACAUCAGUGCUGAGAUGUUGGCAGCAUUUCCUGGAUUUCUCGUCUGCCAAAUGGUUUCGGCAUUUGUUUGACAUCAACUGUCCAAGGAAGUUACUCUUGAUGGAAUUACCAUGCUUGCGUUUGCUUCUAAUGCUGAACUGUUUAGUGCCUUCUCAGAUGGUUACUCAAUUUAUUUUGGUUUUGGUACCAGUGGUUGAGUAGAAGCUCACAUCAAAGAUGAAGAAAGGUGAAACUGGAGAGAACAAAGAACAACAACAUAGAUAAAAAUCAGCAAAAGAAAGUCCUGAAAAAUUGCUCCCACUGGAAUUUACUGGAAUAAAUAGUUUGUACAUGUCAUACAUGUAUCAAGAUAAAAAACAUUAA